AAGAAACUCUAUGUUUAAGAGUUAUCAUAUAUUCAUAUGCUCUAUUCACUUUUCCUCUUAGUAGUUAGUAUAGUGUCAAAGAGGACUCGAUACCCUACUUUUUAGCAAUGAUCAUGAUGGGUCUUGACUACUCCAUGUUGAAUCAGUAAUGAUUCAUUGAUUCCAGACUUUUUUUUUGCUUUUGGAUUUGUGUAGAAUAAGGCUAUGAAAGAAGGUAUAUAUGCAAGCUUGGUUUCUUUAAACAAAAAUGCAUCACAAAUCAGGAAGCCUCCACAUAGGAAAGCCCCUCCUCUGAAUUGGUUCCCUCGACAAAAGGUUGACUCUUAUUUGAAGAGAAAGUUAAAAUUACUGCAGGUAAGUACUAUAUACUGACAUAUUCGUUCUCCAUCCUAUUUCUCCACUCUAUGUGUUAAUACGGUGUAGCCUGGUUGACACUAACACCAACAAUAUUCAGGAAGUAGAUGGCAUGAAUUCAACACUAGAUGAAACUUUGGGUGAUUCUAACCCUCAUUAUUCAAGAGUGUUGAGAGAAAAAAUUGCAGUGAGGGAGGCUGCAGAGAAAGCAAUGGAGGCUCGCAAGGCUGCCAUGGUUGAGGCAUCUUGGUGUAGAAUUCUCAAGGCAGUCAGAAUUGAUACUAAACAAGCAGAAGAGCGUUUGAUGAAGGCAGAAAAAACUUCAGAAGAAGCUUUCGAAGCUGCUACUGCAAUUGGAGUGAUAUUAUAUGACACUCCAGAAGCUUCCCAGAAACACUAUAACAUGGAAAUAUCAGCCGAAAAGGCAGGAGGAUCUGCCAUGCACACUGUUAGAACAUCUUUUGAGACUGCAUUUGAAGUGGAUAAACAAGUAGCUUUUGCGGUAAAGUCUGCCCUUAUCAACCUUGCAAAUUGCCCUUGGACAAAUAAAGAUGAAUUCAAGGAAAUGCUCCGAAAAAUCAGUCAAAACCCUGAUACAGAUGAAAACAGUCAAAAAAAAUCUUCAGAAUAUGAUUCUGAUAAUGCAUCUGAGAUGGAUUUUAAGAACAGGGAGGUUUCUCACAAGUUUAGUAUGACAAAGAUUGUAGAAAUGAUGAUGAAAAGAUUGAGGUGUUUGGAAGAACAUGACCUUGCAUCUCUUGCUACUAUAGUUGCAACUUGUGGAUUAAAUGCUGCUCUUGAAGAAGCUGGAAACGAGAAACUGCAUAGCAAACCGGAUCCAGUAUUUCAUCAGAAAUCAAACCCGGACCCACAUCAAAAUGUGGGUGAGACCCCACUUCCAGGCCUGGACAAGUUUUUGGUAAAGCGGUUGACAAGGCUGGAAAGGGAGGUUCUAGAAGCCAAAAUGACAAACAGGAAUGUAGAGAGUGAAGGUAAAAGAUGCCCACCUUCAUACGCUAAUUCUUCCCAUUCAAGCCAAAAUUAUUCGGAUCUUGGAAGUUCUCUUAUAAAGCCUAUUUCAAAACUUGAGAAGGAAAUUGAAGAAGCAAAAAAGCACUCAAACUCAUUAGUUGGAAGCAUGUGUAAGCCUUCACAUAGAAAACAAGAUUUAAUAGAUGAGAUUCCCAGCCUAGACAAGUUCCUAGUGAAGCAUAUGUCAAAACUUGAAAAAGAAGUGCAAGAAGCAAAAAACAGAAAUAAGAACAUUGACUCUUCUUCUGCAUGUGGUAGAGGUGAAGGAGUGGGGAAAGAAAACAUUGAUCAAAACAAGAACAUAGUAGAUGCAGAAGUUGAGGGAAGUAGUAAAGUGUCCCUGGACAAGGUUUUAGUGAAACCAAUUCAUCGUUUGGAGAAGAUGAAAAUGCAAGAUGAAUCUUCUUCAUCAAUAGCUGGUGGUGUCCCGGUGAGAUCUCAGAGGAGAAAUGUCAAUUGUGAUGAUGACAAUGGACUGGAUAAAAUACUUGUGAAGCAUGUGUCCAAGUUGGAGAAGGCGAAGAUGGCGGCAACGCAAGAAGUAGUAGAGAAGGAAAAGGUUACAAGUGUGAGUAGGAAGGGAGUGGUACUGAGCAUUGAAGAAGCUAGUAGUUUGGGUCAGGUGUUGGUGAGGAGUGAUAAUAAAUGUAGUAGUAAAUUAGAGGGGGGGGAGAUAGAAGAAGACGAACAAGGAGAUGGUGAGCAGAUUAUCAGUAGUAGGCAUUCGGUUUCUAGGAGAGAAGCCAGGGAGAAAGAGAUGCAGCAAGCAUGGGGAGGAUUAAGCCUUGGUAAUUCCAUCCGUCCUCAUCUCUCCAGGCUUCAGAGGGAUAAGGCUGCUUGGAUGGAAGCUGAAGAAAAAGAAAGGAGAAAAGCAGCCUCAGAGGUGUGAAAAUUAAAUGAAAGCUCAUUUGACUUUUAGGAUGCAUAGUUGAGGUGUGAAGGUUUACCCAUGUUUGAUCGCCUCUGGUCCAGCAGAUUACUAACUCCGUCUACAUUCACAAUGAGAAGAAGAUGAUUGGAC